AUGCACGCCGUCUCAUCCAUCCCGCUAUCCUUCAUGCAGCGCUUCCACGAUCCGCCGCUCGAGUAUGCCGACACAAUCACGCCGGGCACCGUAUGUGUCGUCUACGCCACCGAGAGCACGCACGACGACGAUCACGCCGAGAGAUUCGUGGUCAUGCAGAUCCGCGAGCGAUUCAGGAGCGGAUGCCCCAAGCGGAUCAUCGCCGAGCAUCCCGAACGCCGCGAACAAAACAAGACCGACUGGCAACGCCACUACUACAGCACGUCCAAGAAGCGGUGGUUCUGUAAGGCCAUUGACGGACUACGUCAUCCUAUUUGGAACUAUCAUUUCGAGUAA